AAUAGGGGGUCCCGUUGAAAUCCUAAACAUGAAAGUGUCCACGUAGCUUUAUUGGGGAGGUUUGCCAUUGAGCUUUCCUCAUCCCCUACAUGCUGAUGGCCGUCUUCGGAGGGGUGCCCCUUUUCUACAUGGAGCUGGCGCUGGGGCAAUUCCAUCGGGUCGGAGCCAUACCCAUCUGGAAGUACAUCUGCCCCAUCUUUAAAGGCAUCGGCUUCUCCAUCUGCGUGAUCAACCUGUACGUGGCCUUCUACUACAACACCAUCAUUGCUUGGGCCCUCUUCUACUUCUGCUCCUCCUUCGCCCGCACGCUGCCCUGGGCCAGCUGCAGCAACCCCUGGAACACCCCCAGCUGCCUCAGCUACUUCGAGGCCGGCAACGUCUCCUGGACCAACCUCUCCAAGUCCCCCGCCGAGGAGUUUUACAUGAGGCAUGUCCUGCAGGUGCAGAAUUCGCAUGGACUGUCUGACGUGGGCGAGAUCCGUUGGCAGCUGCUGCUCUGCCUCUUCCUCAUCUUCACCACUGUCUACUUCAGCCUCUGGAAAGGGAUCAAGACCUCGGGGAAGGUGGUCUGGGUGACAGCCACCCUGCCCUACGUUGUCUUGCUCAUCCUGCUGAUCCGUGGGGCAACCCUCCCGGGGGCCUGGAGGGGGAUUGUCUUCUACCUGCAACCCGACUGGCAGAAGCUGAGGAGCGUGGCCGUGUGGGUGGAUGCAGCGGCCCAGGUCUUCUUCUCCCUGGGGCCAGGAUUCGGGGUCCUCCUUGCCUUGGCCAGUUACAACCCGUUCAACAACAACUGUUACCGAGAUGCCAUCGUGACCAGCCUGGUCAACUGCUUCACCAGCUUCCUCUCGGGAUUUGUCAUUUUCACCGUCCUGGGCUACAUGGCUGAAAUGCGGCACAUGGAUGUUGCGGAGGUGGCAAAGGGCAAGGGGCCCAGCCUCCUCUUCAUUACGUACCCGGAAGCCCUUGCCAACAUGACCGGAUCCUCCUUCUUCGCCAUCCUCUUCUUCCUCAUGAUGGUCACACUGGGACUGGACAGCACAUUUGGGGGCCUGGAAGCUGUGAUCACUGCCCUGAUGGACGAGUACCCCCAGGCGCUGGGCAAGCACCGUCAGCUGUUCGUGCUGGGACUCAUCGCCCUCUGCUUCCUGGGCUCCCUGGCCACGCUGACCAAUGGAGGCCCCUACAUUGUGAAACUCCUGGAAGAGUUUGGGGCUGGUUGCUCCAUCUUAGCUGUGGUGUUCCUGGAAGCCAUCGCCGUCUCCUGGUUCUACGGAAUGCAGCAGUUCUGUAGCGACGUGAGGGCCAUGCUGGGCUUUGGGCCCGGACUGUACUGGCAAGUGUGCUGGAGAGUGGUCAGUCCAGCCACCUUAGCGUUCAUCCUCCUCAGCUCCCUCCUGGACCAGCCCCCCCUCGUGCUCUUCGACUACGAGUAUCCCGCGUGGAGCAUCCGGCUGGGACACCUGAUCGGGGCCUCCUCCUUCCUCUGCAUUCCCACCUACAUGGUCUACAAGCUGGUCUGGACCCCCGGAUCUCUGAAGCAGGCGCUGCCACCCGAGGCGGGGCUGGCUCUUUCCCCGAAGGGCUCCGAGACCAGCCGGGAGGCGCCCCGACUCCUGCUUCUCUCCCGGCGUCCCAAAAAGAGCGGCGAGGAAACCGCGCCUCUGCUGGGCUGGGCCGCCCCGUUGGCUUCCCGCCCGCCCCGCCGUCUCCCCCAAGGGAGCCCCGGACGAGCCCCAAGAAAAAUCCCGUCCGCCUAA